AUGCACCGCGACAUGCAAAUGGAUGUAGAGGUUUUCACGGAGACGAAGGAGGCGCCAGGAAAUGCUGUGAAGGCCAGCAAGCUCCAUCUUACAAUAGGAGCCCUGGCUCUCUUGAAGAAUGCCGAGUUGACGAUAGGCGAGGGUCCUGAGAAGCGUAGCCUGAUCCACGGUCUCGUGGGCCCGAACGGAUGCGGCAAGACCACGCUGCUCCGAGAAAUCGCGAGGGGCGAUCGCAUCAAAGUUCCCAAGUCCUGGAGUGUCCACUACGUCGAUCAGCACCUUCCAGAACCAACCGAUGCCACACCGAUAGAGGAGGUCUUGAAGGCAAAUGGCCAGCGGACGAAGUUGCUGGAAGAGCGCCAGCGUCUAAGCCAGAAGCUGGAUGCAGCAGACCCAGGCGAAGGCCAAGAGGCUGCUGCAACAGAGCUGAAGAAGGUUGAGGAUGCUCUUGGUGAGACAGAUGACGAUGAGGCCGAGAUCCUGAAGACCUUGGUGGGCUUGGGCUUCUGUGAUGGGGGUGCGGAGCCAGUGGAAGGCCAGGCCCCAAGCUUCCGACAGACUAUGCACCAGUUGUCCGGAGGCUGGAGGAUGAAAGUGAAUCUGGCGAAAUGCCUUUGGCUGAAACCCCGUCUUCUGCUCCUGGAUGAACCAACCAACCACCUGGACUUUCAUGCCUUGGGCUGGCUGUCUUCAUACCUCCAGAAAUUGCCCAACACCAUCACCGUGAUCGUGUCACACAACUGUGAGUUCCUCCGUGACACUUGCGACAUUUUCCUCUGCAUUCAAGACCAAAAGAUCUUGAGGAAGGAACACCACAAAAUCAGCGACCAUGAGAUCUCCCAGAUGCAGAAGAUGCCGAAGACCUUGGACUUCAAGUUUCAGGCGGCCAACGGCCAACCCCACGAGCAUGCACUGUCCUUCCAUGAUGUUACCUUUUCCUACAAGGCUGCAGAGCCUUUCCUGCGGGACCUGAAUGGCCUCAAGUUGAGUGGCACCAGCCGAUGCGGAAUCCUUGGUAGGAACGGCUGUGGCAAGUCUGCCCUCAUGGAUCUUUGCAUCGGAAAGGCAACGCCGAAGCAAGGCGAAAUCCAUCGGAGUGCCAAAAUGGAGCACUUUUCGCAGCAUUUCAUCGACGAGAUCAAUGAGUUGAUCGACAGCAACCCAACCAUCACUGCUGCAUCUUUCCUGGUGGAGAAGUGUGGCUCAGUGCUGGGGGCGCAGGGCGGUGCCAGUGAGGAAAAGCAGCUACGCCGAGCACGCGCGGUCUUGAAGAAUUUUGGGUUGCAGGAUGAGAGGGACAUGGCUGACAACGUCCCUCUGAAGAGCCUUAGUGGUGGUCAGAAGGCUCGAUUGAACCUUGCCUAUCUGUCACUGCGCCCCUGCCAUAUCCUGUUCCUGGACGAGCCCACAAAUCAUCUGGAUGCAGCUGCCGUUGAUGCUCUCACCCAGGCCGCCGUUAACUUUCCUGGAGGGGUGGUCGCGGUGUCGCAUGAUGCACGCUUCCUGCGGCGCCUCAUGAAUGAGUCCAAGAACAAAGCCUGCGAGUUCCUGGCGGUGGAAAGCGGGACCGUGAAAUCCAUGGCUGCCGACAAGCUCUCUGAUUACAUCAGGCAGGCUAAGAUCGAACAGUUCGAGCUGGCAGAGAAAGCGAAGAUGAAGGCAUUUGAGCGGAAGCGGCGCUUGUCGCAGAGCCAGCGGGCAUGUGGUCCGCGGGCUGAGACAAAACCUCCUGAAGCGGAUGUCAAGCCUAACCUUCUCAAGGAGCAUUUCAAGAAGUAUGGAAAGCCCCCGAAGCCAGUGGGGAAGAGCUCCGUGGCGACGCCCAGCAAGGCCAGGCCCAUCAUCCCUGCGGUCUCAGCCCUGGAGGUCUCCUCUACCAGGUCUCAAGAACUUCAUGGUAAAUGGCCAGGGCCAGGGCCAGGGCCUGCCGGCCGUCACCAGGUCCCGUUGGCUGGAUUGGAUUCCGCUGAUCGGGAAGGCCCGGUGGAAACUCUGGCAGAAAGGCAUCAAUUGCCUGAGCAAAAGCGGCGUGAUGCAGCGGAGUUACCGAACGCGCUCCUUGCAGGAAGUCCAGAGCUGGAGAAUGAAAGGGCCUGCGGCCUAGGCUCCGCGAGCGACCACGUCACAGCGCACGUCCAGGAGAUCCGUGGCGAUGAUCUCCAAAUUGAGUCGGUGGAUGGCAAGGAGCGUGACAGCAGAUUCAAGCAAAUCCGCAAGUUGCGGAAAGCACUGCGAGAGAUUCAAAGGCUAGAGUCUGAGCAGAGCUGGGGCGUAGCUUUGCGAAACAACCAGCGACAGAAGCUUGGCAAGAAGGAGGCUUACCAGUCCGAACUGGAGAGUCUCUGCAACGAGAGCCGGUGA